AUGAGAUUCCUGACUACAGCGAAGUGUCGCAACAGACGGAGAGAACUCACAGACACCCUCCAGGCAGAAACCGACAAGCUAGAAGAGGACAAAGCCGCACUCCAGGCUGAAAUCGAGAACCUCCUGAAGGAAAAGGAGAGGCUGGAGUACGUCCUCGCCACUCAUAAACCUCUUUGCCAGCUUCCUGAAGAGCUGGACUGCCUAUUUCCAGAGUCUCCCCAGCCCCUCUCCACUCCCGAAGCGGCCAGCAAACUCCCCGAGGACAGCCCGCAGGACUUGGAGAUCCCCACGGUACCGUCCACCGCCAUUUCCGGCAACUCCAACAUCCUUCUGUGCUCCAGCGCAGAGGUCAGUCUGUGCGACCUCGAGCCCUCUCUGGAUGUCAAGGACGAGCUUCUCGACCGGAUCUCGGCGGAAACGGCCCGCUCCGUCCCCGACAUCGACCUGACCGGCUCGCUGGGCAUCACGGACUGGGAAACCCUCUACAAGUCUGUGGCCAAUGAUCUCGAACCUUUGAGCACCCCGGUGGUGAGCACAUCCACACCCACCUGCAGCAACUACCUGUCCGUAUUUACCUUCGCCUGCCCAGAGCUGGACUCCCUGGCCGAGGGACUGGAGGGCUGCAAGGGUGGCGUGACCAAAGCAGAAACUAGCGUCGACAUCCUCAACUCUCCCACCCUUCUUGCCUUAUAAAUGCAAGCGUAGAUGAUGUAAUGUCACGACGUUGUUCUUAAUAUCAAUUGGAUAUCGCGGUGUUAUGAUGUCCAGGUGUGUGAUGUUGGAGUGAAGCCAGCUGUUCGAUGGCUGCAUCCGUGUAAUAUGUGCGGAAUGGGUGUUUACUUUCUUCCAGAGACAUUUGAUGUAGCCCAAAUACAAGAGCAUGGAUAAUUAUCUUAUGAGUAGAUAUGAACUAUGUUCUGGUUUGAAAAGCAUGCACAAGACAACUAUAUAUAGAUAUGUAUACA